CUCAUUUAUGAGCGUCUACAUUCAACGUACCGGCGACGGCAUUUUCCCGAUUACAGUCUUUGUAGUAUUCACAAACUUGUCCAACUUGCUGUUGUACGGAUAUCUGUGCGAUCAAGUGGAGGAACAGGUGAUUGGCAUCAACUACCAACUCUAUUGCUCGGAUUGGAAUAUGAAAAUCAUCAACACGAGAGCGUUCCGUCGACAAUACAAAAACAUGCGACAGAUGAUACUGAUCGUGAUGCAAUGUACCCAGAAGAAGAUCGGGUUUACCUGCGCUAAUUUAUUUGAGAUGUCAUUGGAUACCUGUCGUUCGGUGCUGUGGUACGCUUAUUCGGUGCUGACCGUAUUGAUCAGCUUUCUGGAGUAGCCUCACGCUCGAUUUGGGAAAAUAUCAUGCUUAAUCCGCAUGACACAUUUUGAGAAAAGUACGCCCAUUGCCCAUAUUAUCCGAUUAUGCUUUUAAAACGGCUUAGUAAAACAGCAAACAAGA